GACCAUUCGUCAAUCAACCCAUCUUCAUCUCCACCACGAUUCUUAAGUCCGAUAAUGUACAUCUUGUUACGCACUCCAUUAAUCACUCCAGGUCUUGGAAGUCAGUCAAUCACCAAGACUUUGUGAGCUCAGCGAGCUAUGCGGGCGAUUCGGCUCCCCUCGUCUACACCAUGUCAACAACAGGUUACGUCCCUCCGCCGAAUCAAGCAGCUACUCAACAUGAAGGAACAUCGUCCUUGGCUAUCAAUAACACAUUCUCUCGACGCUUAAUGACACUCAUCGCACUCAAAACAUCCGCGCGCUUCUACAAACAUGAUGGGCCCUGUAUCCCCAUCUCAAAGUCUCUCAUCGUCAAGAAGGGGCCAAUUGUCCACCUCACUGAAGCACCUACUAUGCAAUUCGUAGCAGCCAGUACUUCUAUUCCUGUCCCGACUGUUCACUGCUCGUUCGUGCACAAGAACAGAGCACAUAUAGUCAUGCAGCGCAUUUGCGGAAAAUCUCUCGCAGAAGCCUGGAGAGGUCUUUCUGAAGCCGAUCUGGCGAGCAUCUUCGCUCAGCUUCGACGUAUGCUGGAGAAAUUACGGGCUAUUAUUCCACCAAGUGGCGCGGGAGUCGAGAGCUGUAUAGGCGGUUCAUUGCGCGACUCCCGAUAACCACGUUCAAGACCACGAUUUGGGCCUUUCAAGACAAUUCAGGAUUUCCAUCGGUGGUUACGGGAAGACCUCGAGCCAGACAGCCGUCCAGAUCACAUCGAGGACCAGGAUUGGGAACAUGUAAAAGAGAUGGCCACCAAACAGGACGGUCCGUGGCCACCGCCGGUGUUUAUUCAUGGCGAUCUAAACCCGUUCAAUACAUUGGUUAAGGGUGAUCAAGUUGUCAGUAUCAUUGAUUGGGAGUUUGUUGGCCGGCAUCCGCACUACUGGGAGUAUACUUCUGCAUGGUAUGGAAAUCGCAUUCAACAGGGCUGACAAGAGUCGCUCACCAAGUUCUUGGAUCCAUAUCCUGCAGAAAUGGAGAUGGAGAAGACAAGGCAAAGAUGGUAGGGCGAUCUUUGAGGUUCAAGUGACAUUGCCAGCUAAGUCAUAACCCGUCUUGGGAUUGUUACGUAUCCGUUUUGGCUAAAGAGCAGUUGAAACGUUCUGAUCCGAGACCUCCCAACCGAGUCAGGUGCUGGGAGCUUCAACGACAAGAGCAAGCCUCUAGACUGAGAUAAUUUGAGUCUUUGGAAAACUAACAAGAUAAAAGAGUGUCUAUUAUGAAGCAAAGUGAGCUAACGAGUGGAAACUCCAAUUUCCAGACUAAACUCCCAACAAGUACGCCGUCCGGAUAUCCCUCCUAACACUUCACAUUCUCGUUGCCAGUGCUGCAGCCAGUGUUCAAGUUCUUACCCGGAUCAGAACUAUAACUCGUUAGCAUUUUGCUUUAAAUGACAUUAAAAUCAACAUACCCAUCGGUUGGAGCUUUGACGAAUCCAGCUUCUUCCCAGUCACCAAGACACUUUUGGCCAGAGGCACCGCAUGACUGGCACAUUAUUUUCCACAUAUGUGCUAUUCUAGUUAGUAGUUUCUCAAAAGAGACAAGAGCGUACCUAUACCUUCUCCCAGAUACUUCUGCGCCCAGAUCUGGCCGACUGAUCCAGCAGGGAUGUUGCAGUCGAUCUUACCACCAUCGGUCCA